GAGAGCAGCGCGCGCGUGUGUGGCUCCAUCGACGUGGAGGAGCCGCUGGCCGGUGCUGCCACAUCACGGCGUCGGACACGCACAAAGGGCUCCGGCAUGUGGCUCCCUCUGCUCGUGGGCGCUUUCGUGGGCGCCCUGCACCCCGCAGCCCCCGCCUGCCAGCCGGGCCAGGGGGCUCAAGCUCAGUGUCAAACCCCAUCAGAAAAUAAAGCAACAUGCGUGGACAUCAGCCUGGGAUCCUGCAAUGACGUGUCCUAUUCAAAAACAAUCUUCCCUAAUUUGCUGGAUCAGAAGUCCAGAGGGGUGAUUGAAUACAGCUCUGAAUAUAUCUUGAUGAGUGUGCUCCAUAACUUGCUGCAGGGAGAAUGCAAUCCUGAUCUAAGGAUUCUAGGCUGCUCUAUCAUGGCCCCAAAAUGUGAAGAGGGGAAAAUUGUUAAGCCUUGCCGUAAAGUUUGUGAAGCUCUGAGGAAAAACUGCCUUCCUGCCUUUGAUGCGAUUGACAUGGCAUGGCCAUAUUUCUUAGACUGUGAUCGCUUUUUUGUCGAUGAAGUGGAAGGAUGCUUUGAUCCGUUAGCAAAGCUGCGAGGGGAAACUGAAUUUGUGGAAGAUGCUCCCAGUGAGGUUCCUACUUUCAUUCAGUUCACCCACCACUCCUUCCCACAAAUGGUGAGAGAAUUGAAAAAGGUAGCAUCCAGGUGUUCCCACAUUGCUAAGUUGUACAGCAUUGGCCGCAGCUUUGAAGGGAAAGACCUCUUUGUGAUUGAGUUUUCUACCAGUCCUGGACACCAUGAAUUGCUUAAGCCAGAGUUUAAAUACAUCGGCAACAUGCACGGAAAUGAAGUUGUGGGCAAAGAAUUACUGAUCUACCUUGCCCAGUAUUUGUGCUCUGAAUACCUUAUUGGGAAUUCCAGGAUCCAGACGCUCAUCAACAACACACGAAUUCAUCUCCUUCCUUCCAUGAAUCCAGAUGGAUAUGAGCUUGCAGCAGAAGAGGGGGCUGGCUACAACGGAUGGACGAAUGGGAGACAAACAGCGCAGAAUCUGGAUCUUAAUAGGAACUUCCCAGAUUUGACGUCUGAAGCUUACAGGCUAUCAAGGAUCCGAGGGGCUCGUACUGACCAUCUCCCAGUUCCACAGUCUUACUGGUGGGGUAAGGUCGCCCCUGAGACGAAAGCUGUGAUGAAGUGGCUCAAAUCUAUCCCAUUUGUCCUGUCUGCCAGUCUCCAUGGGGGGGACCUGGUUGUUUCCUACCCUUAUGAUUACUCCGUACACCCCCUGGAAGAGAAAAUGUUUUCCCCCACCCCCGAUGAAAAGAUGUUCAAAUUGCUGUCUAAAGCCUACGCAGAUGCACACCCUGGCAUCUCGGACAAGUCAGAAAUGCGUUGUGGUGGAAAUUUUGUGAAGCGAGGAGGCAUCAUAAAUGGUGCUGAGUGGUACAGCUUUGCAGGAGGAAUGGCAGAUUUUAAUUACCUCCACACAAACUGUUUCGAAGUUACUGUGGAGCUUGGUUGCGAGAAGUUUCCCCUGGAAGAAGAACUCUAUUCACUCUGGCAGCAAAACAAAGAAGCUCUUCUGAGGUUCAUAGAAAUGGCUCAUCGUGGAAUAAAAGGAAUUGUAUCUGACAAAUUUGGAAACCCGAUAAAGAAUGCCCGGAUUUCGGUCAAAGGCAUCCGUCAUGAUACACUUGCAGCUGCCGGUGGAGACUACUGGAGACUGCUGCCCCCUGGUACAUACGUUGUCAGUGCUCAGGCUCGUGGCUACAGUAAAGUCCUGAAGAAGGUGACUUUGCCUGCCAAGAUGACCAAGGCUGGACGGGUAGACUUUGUCUUGCGACCCCUCCUUAGUAAGCCCACCCGAAUUGGCCAUGGGGCCAUGGGCACAGCACAUGAGCAUUAUGACCCACUGGAACACUUCGACCCUCAUGCUCAACAUGCCCAGCCAGAACCAAGAGAUGAUGGAGGGCAGUCUGUCCAGCCGAGAGAAAAGCCCUGGUGGUGGUCUUACUUCAGCUCUCUUGAUCAACAAAAACCUUUGUGGCUGCUUAAACAUCACUAAACUGUUCUACGUUGCACUCUUCAUCUGAGCACACUACCAGUAAAUUGCAUUUCCGGCUCUACCUUUGAUGAUAACAGAAGUAUUUGAAUCCGAUUCCAUUGUGAAUAUAACAUUGCCUUCCUUCCCUCCCCCCUUCCUGCAUUUUCUUUAUUUCAAAAUACAAAGAAAAUAUUAAAAUUAGUAUGCUCUUAAAGCUGGAUGUAGCGGUUAAUAUUCCCUAGCACUGUGCUUCCCUUGUGCCAUUGUUGUUAAUCAUCAGAUUUAUUAUUUAUUAGGACCCUAAAGUACCUGAAGAGAAA